AUGUCCCCCUGCGCGUGCGGCGGGCAGGAGCUCUUGGAUAUCCGCGCGAGCCGCUCCGAGUGGCUGCGGGAGAGGACUCUUGCGACGGCCGUGGGCGUGCGCAUCCGCAACGGCCAGUACACGGACCGCCCCGCCAUCCUCGCCUUCGUCUUCUCCAAGGUGCAUCCUAAUUGGCUGCCACCGGAUCGCUUGCUGCCUGCACGGUUGGAGGGGGAGGGGUCGCUGUGGUGCGACCUUGACGUGCUCGAGUUCGCCUGCCUGCCUGGCCGCCAGCAGCCGGCAAGGGACAGGGCGAGGGCGGAGGAGGAGAGCAGCGAGCUCGUGGAUGACCUGCGCGGCUGCAGUGCCGUGCUGGGCCCCGGCUCCCAGGCUACCCCGGACUCCGCUGUACUUCCCUGGGCUACCCUGGACUCCGCUGUACUUCCCUGGGCUACCCUGGACUCCGCUGUACUACCCUGGGCUACCCUGGACUCCGCUGUACUUCCCUGGGCUACCCUGGACUCCGCUGUACUUCCCUGGGCUACCCUGGACUCCGCUGUUCUUCCCUGGGCUACCCUGGACUCCGCUGUUCUUCCCUGGGCUACCCUGGACUCCGCUGUUCUUCCCUGGGCUACCCUGGACUCCGCUGUUCUUCCCUGGGCUACCCUGGACUCCGCUGUACUUCCCUGGGCUACCCUGGACCCCGCUGUACUACCCUGGGCUACCCUGGACUCCGCUGUACUUCCCUGGGCUACCCUGGACUCCGCUGUACUUCCCUGGGCUACCCUGGAUUCCGCUGUACUUCCCUGGGCUACCCUGGACUCCGCUGUACUUCCCUGGGCUACCCUGGACUCCGCUGUACUUCCCUGGGCUACCCCGGAUUCCGCUGUACUUCCCUGGGCUACCCUGGACUCCGCUGUUCUUCCCUGGGCUACCCUGGACUCCGCUGCUACCCUGGACUCCGCUGUACUUCCCUGGGCUACCCUGGACUCCGCUGUACUUCCCUGGGCUACCCUGGACUCCGCUGUACUACCCUGGGCUACCCUGGACUCCGCUGUACUUCCCUGGGCUACCCUGGACUCCGCUGUACUUCCCUGGGCUACCCUGGACUCCGCUGUACUUCCCUGGGCUACCCUGGACUCCGCUGUACUUCCCUGGACUACCCUGGACUCCGCUGUACUUCCCUGGGCUACCCUGGACUCCGCUGUACUUCCCUGGGCUACCCUGGACCCCGCUGUACUUCCCUGGGCUACCCUGGACUCCGCUGUACUUCCCUGGGCUACCCUGGACUCCGCUGUACUUCCCUGGGCUACCCUGGACUCCGCUGUACUUCCCUGGGCUACCCUGGACUCCGCUGUACUUCCCUGGGCUACCCUGGACUCCGCUGUACUUCCCUGGGCUACCCUGGACUCCGCUGUACUUCCCUGGGCUACCCUGGACUCCGCUGUACUUCCCUGGGCUACCCUGGACUCCGCUGUACUUCCCUGGGCUACCCUGGACCCCGCUGUACUUCCCUGGGCUACCCUGGACUCCGCUGUACUUCCCUGGGCUACCCUGGACCCCGCUGUACUACCCUGGGCUACCCUGGACUCCGCUGUACUUCCCUGGGCUACCCUGGACUCCGCUGUACUUCCCUGGGCUACCCUGGACUCCGCUGUACUUCCCUGGGCUACCCCGGAUUCCGCUGUACUUCCCUGGGCUACCCUGGACCCCGCUGUACUACCCUGGGCUACCCUGGACUCCGCUGUACUUCCCUGGGCUACCCUGGACCCCGCUGUACUUCCCUGGGCUACCCUGGACUCCGCUGUACUUCCCUGGGCUACCCUGGACUCCGCUGUACUUCCCUGGGCUACCCUGGACCCCGCUGUACUUCCCUGGGCUACCCUGGACUCCGCUGUACUUCCCUGGGCUACCCUGGACUCCGCUGUACUUCCCUGGGCUACCCUGGAAUCCGCUGUACUACCCUGGGCUACCCUGGACUCCGCUGUACUUCCCUGGGCUACCCUGGACUCCGCUGUACUUCCCUGGGCUACCCUGGACUCCGCUGCUACCCCGGACUCCGCUGUACUUCCCUGGGCUACCCUGGACUCCGCUGUACUUCCCUGGGCUACCCUGGACUCCGCUGUACUUCCCUGGGCUACCCUGGACUCCGCUGUACUUCCCUGGGCUACCCUGGACUCUGCUGUACUUCCCUGGGCUACCCUGGACUCCGCUGUACUUCCCUGGGCUACCCUGGACUCCGCUGUACUUCCCUGGGCUACCCUGGACUCCGCUGUACUUCCCUGGGCUACCCUGGACUCCGCUGUACUUCCCUGGGCUACCCUGGACUCCGCUGUACUUCCCUGGGCUACCCUGGACUCCGCUGUACUUCCCUGGGCUACCCUGGACUCCGCUGUACUUCCCUGGGCUACCCUGGACUCCGCUGUACUUCCCUGGGCUACCCUGGACUCCGCUGUACUUCCCUGGGCUACCCUGGACUCCGCUGUACUUCCCUGGGCUACCCUGGACUCCGCUGUACUUCCCUGGGCUACCCUGGACCCCGCUGUACUUCCCUGGGCUACCCUGGACUCCGCUGUACUUCCCUGGGCUACCCUGGACCCCGCUGUACUACCCUGGGCUACCCUGGACUCCGCUGUACUUCCCUGGGCUACCCUGGACUCCGCUGUACUUCCCUGGGCUACCCUGGACUCCGCUGUACUUCCCUGGGCUACCCCGGAUUCCGCUGUACUUCCCUGGGCUACCCUGGACCCCGCUGUACUACCCUGGGCUACCCUGGACUCCGCUGUACUUCCCUGGGCUACCCUGGACCCCGCUGUACUUCCCUGGGCUACCCUGGACUCCGCUGUACUUCCCUGGGCUACCCUGGACUCCGCUGUACUUCCCUGGGCUACCCUGGACCCCGCUGUACUUCCCUGGGCUACCCUGGACUCCGCUGUACUUCCCUGGGCUACCCUGGACUCCGCUGUACUUCCCUGGGCUACCCUGGAAUCCGCUGUACUACCCUGGGCUACCCUGGACUCCGCUGUACUUCCCUGGGCUACCCUGGACUCCGCUGUACUUCCCUGGGCUACCCUGGACUCCGCUGCUACCCCGGACUCCGCUGUACUUCCCUGGGCUACCCUGGACUCCGCUGUACUUCCCUGGGCUACCCUGGACUCCGCUGUACUUCCCUGGGCUACCCUGGACUCCGCUGUACUUCCCUGGGCUACCCUGGACUCUGCUGUACUUCCCUGGGCUACCCUGGACUCCGCUGUACUUCCCUGGGCUACCCUGGACUCCGCUGUACUUCCCUGGGCUACCCUGGACUCCGCUGUACUUCCCUGGGCUACCCUGGACUCCGCUGUACUUUCCUGGGCUACCCUGGACUCCGCUGUACUUCCCUGGGCUACCCUGGACUCCGCUGUACUUCCCUGGGCUACCCUGGACUCCGCUGUACUUCCCUGGGCUACCCUGGACCCCGCUGUACUUCCCUGGGCUACCCUGGACUCCGCUGUACUUCCCUGGGCUACCCUGGACCCCGCUGCUACCCCGGACUCCGCUGUACUUCCCUGGGCUACCCUGGACUCCGCUGUACUUCCCUGGGCUACCCUGGACUCCGCUGUACUUCCCUGGGCUACCCUGGACGCCGCUGUACUUCCCUGGGCUACCCUGGACUCUGCUGUACUUCCCUGGGCUACCCUGGACUCCGCUGUACUUCCCUGGGCUACCCUGGACUCCGCUGUACUUCCCUGGGCUACCCUGGACUCCGCUGUACUUCCCUGGGCUACCCUGGACUCCGCUGUACUUUCCUGGGCUACCCUGGACUCCGCUGUACUUCCCUGGGCUACCCUGGACUCCGCUGUACUUCCCUGGGCUACCCUGGACUCCGCUGUACUUCCCUGGGCUACCCCGGACUCCGCUGAACUUCCCUGGGCUACCCCGGACUCCGCUGUACUUCCCUGGGCUACCCUGGACUCCGCUGUACUUCCCUGGGCUACCCUGGACUCCGCUGUACUUCCCUGGGCUACCCUGGACUCCGCUGUACUUCCCUGGGCUACCCUGGACUCCGCUGUACUUCCCUGGGCUACCCUGGACUCUGCUGUUCUUCCCUGGGCUACCCUGGACUCCGCUGUACUUCCCUAG